CGCACCUCCCUCAGCGGACAGCAUGGUGUUCGUGUAGUGCGGAUGACUCUGAUCGUUCGGCCGUGCUUCGGUAUUGUGGAAACUGAAGUAAUGGAAAGAAUUGCGAGAUUCCAUAAUGUAUUGUAAUAGAUGCUGUGAAAAUCAAUCUCAGUUCUUGAGAUCCUACAGGCCGUUUUGCCAUUGUACAGCCGGAGCCAUCGCAGGUGCCAUCACUGGUGCUUCAGCUGCUAGUAUAUUUGGAAAAAAAUGGUGAUUUUACUGCAAAGUGAAUUGACAAAUCAGGGCAUAUCUGCUUCUGGUUGUCAAAGAUGGCAUGCAUUGAAGGUGCAAAAUAGAUCAAAGCGAAAUUCUCCUCCCAUCAUCUAAGCAAUGUUGAUGCUUAUUUGGCGAAAAGCCAUCCCUGUAAAUUUCAACCACCCUUCAACAUUAUUGAGAUCCACAUCCUUCUCACGGUCUUCUUCCUCUUCUCCCUUAUCUCCAUCAGAUCCAUGUAUUAUCAACACCAUUCUCAAUUGCAGAACCCAUAAUGAAGCACUAUGGUACUUCAACAAUGCUUCCAGGCGAGUUAAUGCAGCAAGGAAUCCCCAACUUUAUGCUGCUAUGAUUCACAUCUUAACAGGGGCUAAGCAGUAUAGUGAAGCCAGGUGCUUGACAAAACACCUCUUUCAGAAGCUCCAAGAGUCACAAAAUCCCCAUAGCACAUGCUCUUUUCUCUUUGGUGUUCUCAUUCAUUUAGAGAGUUCUAAAUUCAGCACCAAUGUAUUUGGAGUUUUAAUUGUUUCCUUGUGCGAGAUGGGUCUUGUUGAGGAAGCCUUGUGGGUGUAUAAACGGAUAAGAAUUUUGCCUAUGUUGCAGGCUUGCAAUGCACUUUUACAUGGGUUGCUCAAGCUAGAAAGAUUUGAUUGCAUGUGGAAGUUAUAUGAGGACAUGGUGUCACUUGGUUUUUCUCCUACGGUUAUUACUUAUGGCAUAUUAAUUCAUUGUUCUUGUAGACAAGGUGACACAGUGAAAGCACACAAGCUGUUUGACAAAAUGGUGGAGAAGCGGAUUCAACCGACUGUUGUGAUAUACACAAUUCUUAUACGUGUCCUUUGCAAUGAGGGUAGAAUGGCAAAAGCAGAGGACAUGUUUAGGUUGAUGAGAGAAUCUGGUGUAGUUCCAAAUUCAUACACUUACAAUACCCUAAUGGAUGGUUAUUGCAAGAUUGCUAAUGCUAAACGAGCUUUUGAUUUGUUUCAGGACAUGCUUCAUCAUAGCUUGCACCCAGACGUUGUGACGUUUGCUAUACUAAUAGAUGUUCUGUGCAAAAUGGGUAAAACGAAAGCUGCCCAAAAGUGUUUUGCUUAUAUGGCAAAAUUUGGUAUUGUUCCUAAUGCCUAUAUUUAUAAUUCCUUAAUUGAUGGCUACUGCAAGGCUGGAAACUUGGAUGAAGCAAUGCGUUUAGGACUAGAAAUGGAAAGAUUGGAGGUUUUGCCAGAUGUGUUCACAUACAAUAUACUUAUCAAGGGUCUGAGUGACUCUGGUAGAUUGGAAGAAGCUAAUGAAAUAUUGCAGAAAAUGGACACAGCAGGGGUGCGUGCAAAUUCCGUGACAUACAAUAUAAUCAUUGAUGGAUACUGUAAAGAGGGAAAUAUGGAGAGGGCUGUUAAGACGUGUUCCCAAAUGUCCGAAAGUAAAAUAGAACCUAAUGUCAUCACAUUUGCUACAUUAAUUGAUGGGUUUUGCAAGACAGGAAAUAUAAAAGCCGCAAUGGGUUUGUACACAGAAAUGGAAAUCAAAGGUCUUGUGCCUGAUGUGGUUGCUUACACAGCAUUAAUUGAUGGGCAUUGCAAGGAUGGAAACAUGGACGGGGCUUUCAGGCUGUACAAGGAGAUGCUAGAUGCAGGAUUUACACCCAAUGCUUUUACAGUCUGUUGUUUGAUUGAUGGCCUUUUUAAAGAUGGAAGGACUUCUGAUGCAAUUGAACUAUUCUUGGAGAGAACUGGGGCUAGUUACUCUAGAGAUCAUAUGGAUAAUUUGGAUGAGGAAAAUGACAUUUUUUCUCCAAACAGGGUGAUGUACGCCAUCAUAAUUCAAGGUUUGUGUAAGGAUGGACAGGUCUUCAAGGCCACUAGGUUUUUUGCAGAUAUGAGAUCUUGCAGUUUACAACCGGACAUGUUAGUAUAUGCCAACAUGCUGCAGGCACAUUUCCAAUCCAAGCACAUGCUAGAUGUGAUGCUGUUGCAUGCAGACAUGCUCAAACUGGGCGUCAUGCCGAAUACUUUUAUUCAUCGUGUACUGUCUAGGGGCUAUCAAGCAAAUGGAUAUUUGAAGUCGGCUCGUAUGUGCUAUGAGAACUUAAUGGAAUAUGGUAUUCACUGUUCUUGCAAGUAGUAGUUUGUGCUGGCUACUGAAUUACUGAAACAUGAAAUUCUCGGUAAUGACUCCGUUCCGAAAUAUUAAAACAUGCAGUAUGCUUCAUGUGCUGAAGAUAAAUUAUUAGGAAGAUUUAACAAAUGGCGUCAGUUAGUUAUAAUCGUAACUUUAGCGUUCGGUUGUGCUGGAGAUGAAUAUUCCGGUUCUGUUUGUAUCUUCAACGCUGCUCCAACAUUCCGAAUGUUGGGCUAGGGAAGAUGCAUCCCUGUUUCUGACUUUCCGUUUGUGACAGGGAUCUUGUCAUUCUUUAGAUAGGCUCUUCUUUGUUGGUAGCAAGAAAAAUGACAUGAGGGAUAGCUUAUUUAGGAACUCAUGUCUGACUCUUGGGUACGAGGAUGAACUUAUAUCGACGACGAGGAAACAGCGUUCACGGGACAUCAAUAGCUGUCACUCAUCUUGAAUUCAGCUUACCAGACAAGCCUCAUAUUGGCUGGAAAUGGUUCUUUCAGUUCAAUGAAGCAAAUCCUUAAACAAAGCACCUUUAAUGCAACUGUUACACCAACCUCUGCUUAGAAAGAUAGCCAGGAAGCAUAUAUCAACCGCAGAUGUCAGAGACAUGGCUUACAGUACCAGUGGGGGCCUUGCAAUUUUCCAGUAAUAGAUGUGUGUGAUAUAGGCAUGUGGUAUUUUGCUGGAAGGUUAUGUUUACUGUAGCAUUUGAUGAGAAAC